AUGUCGAAUAUAACAACAACUACAAUCGCAUCAAAUACAACUACAACGUUUCCUUUGGAUUAUUAUUACUCAUUUUUUGUCAAUCCACUUGUUGUAGUUCGGUUUUAUCAAAUCGGUUAUCCUAUCACGUUUUUGCUUGGUUUCAUGGGUAACAUGUUAAGCUUAGUCACCUUUUCACGUUUAACAUUACGAAAAGUUUCAACGGGCUGUUUAUUUAUUGUCUUAGCCAUUUCCGACACAUUAUUUUUAGUGAUAAGUGUCUUCGAUUUUGUUGAAUUUGGUCUACAGAUUCCUUUCUAUCGCCAUCUGCCAUACAAUGAGUUGUGCCGGUUUCGGACAUUUAUAUCAUGUGUAUCGCAAUUCUUAUCAUCGUGGACGUUGGUAACCAUAUCAGUCGACCGAUGGAUACGUGCACGAUUUCCAUAUAAAUCUGGUUCGCUGUGUACCCCAAAAAAGGCUUUAAUAGUUGUGGGUGUUAUACUUCUCAUCGAUGUUGGUCUUUAUGCACAAGUAUUAACACCAUUGUUCGGUAUGCUCUUACCGGGGUUUUCAAUAAUUGCAUGUGGACCGAAUAUAUUUAACACAAGUUAUCUGGUAUUUUAUCUCCUUUAUUGGACGAUUGUACAGAUUCUUGUGGUCAGUCUAAUUCCGGCCACGUUGAUGAUCUUACUUCUUAUUGAUAUUUACAUCAAUGUUCAAGCACGUAAAAAAGCUGUCAUUCAACCCAACAACAUUUCUCAUGAAACUAACAAAAGUCGGCAACAGAAAACCCUUCAACGACAAAUGUUCGUUCUUAUGUUAACCAGUAUAACCAUUUUUCUGCUUACUACGCUUCCGGUAGCUAUUUACAAGAUCUUAUCACCGAGACAAAGCAACGUUUCAUCUUCAAUAAUUGCCGUUGCAAGUAUUUGGGUCGGACUUGGCUGGUUUCAAACACUCAAUUAUGCUGUGAACUUCUAUAGUCACUGUUUGACGUCAACAUUAUUCCGUAAAGAAUUUCAAUCCCAAAUUCGAUAUCUACUGGGAGAUAAGCGAGCACGAGCAAAUGCAUUGGAUUUAACAGCAACUGUGGCAGUUCGCACAGCAUUUCAUUAG